CUCCUCCCAAAACGCACUUAUGCCCCAGCAAGAGGCGGGACUGGGCCGCUAAUCCUGUGCAAGGGGGUCAGCAUAUAAGAGGGACCUUCAGCCCCCGCGGGUCACUUAUCACACCCCCUCGUCUGGCUGUUCUUCACCAAGCAGCCGGUGUCAUCCACAGCACGCAGAUAUCACUGACAUGAAUCUGGAAGCGCCCAAAGCAGAUAUCAAAUCGGCGACCCGGGUCAGCGGCGGCCCCGCCACCCCGCGGAAAGGACCCCCCAAGUUCAAGCAGAGGCAGACCCGCCAGUUCAAGAGCAAGCCUCCCAAGAAGGGAGUGCAAGGUUUUGGUGAUGAUAUCCCGGGAAUGGAGGGCUUAGGAACCGACAUCACAGUCAUUUGCCCCUGGGAGGCCUUCAACCACCUGGAGCUGCACGAGCUGGCCCAGUAUGGCAUCAUCUGAGGGGGACGCCUUCGCCGCAACACAGGACUGUAUCAAAAAAAAAACAUUUCCAAAAAAGAAAAAAAUCCCAGAUGCAUGCACUUCCCCGUUUGCUCGUCAUGGACUCAACAGGAAACGCAACCAAGCCAGGCAGAGUUUCACUCGCUCAAAGGUGUCGCUUCAAGGGGAGUUCUGCAGACGGGCCACUGCUGAGAGUCCACAUCACUCCUUUCCUGAAGAAGGAACCAAAGACCUGGAGGUCUCUUUGCUGAAGUAGGAAAAAAAAAUACAUGCCAGGAAUUGAGCAUUGCUAACGUGUCACGUGUUUGCUAUGUCAGUGAAAUCCAUCCUGCAUAAAUUUCGCUCCCUGUCUUUCUUCAUGUUGUUUUUGACACUGCAUUGUUGUAUCAUUUCAUCCAUGGCGUCAUGUUUAUGUUCUAUCACUCAACUUGUGUCACUUGAACAUUAAAAGCUUCUUCCAAGCGUAA